UGCAGUCCUAGAAUGAGGAAGCCCCAAAUUCAGGACAAUUCUAUUGCCAAGGUGGAGCCAGGGUUUUUCAAAGCUGUGAUGAACUCAGCUCAGCUGAGUUAGAAUGUCAGGGAGGGGUUCCAGAGGAACAUUCACUGGCUGUAGCCCUGACGUACAGAGAAGCAGAAUACUGAUGGGUGAUGACUCGUUGGGGGCUUUGUCUUCUGGAAGGCAUGUAAGGUGAGGGGACACAGUCUGUGGUCUCCUGGAGGCUGGAGUAUAGGGCACAGAGCGGUAAAGAGCAGGCCGUGUGCAGUCAGCCUGGGUUUCAGUCCCAGCUCUGCUGUCCCCUAGCUUGUGACCUGGGCAAGUCACUUCACUUUCUGAGCCUCAGAUUCAUCAUCUGUAAAUGGUGGUCAUAACAGUCUCCACCUUGAAAUGACGCACGUGUGGCACUGGACAUAGUAUCUGCUCUUGUCAUCGUCCCAGCUUUGACCUUUUAGAGCCGUGUGAAUUUUCUUGGUGUUGAGCAAGUGCCCGGGCUGGCCUGGUGCAUUCACGGGAAGCUGGCAGGAUGGCUCUCGCUGGGGCCACGGAGAAUGUCCCCUGCCUUGCCAGCUAAGGCCGGGCUGGCAGGCAUCUUGGCAUGAGGCCCCUUCUUCCCUCCCCCCAGGUGUCCCUCUUCCGGUGAACGGUGGCUGGGCUGGCACUGGGAGCUGGGGAAACCUGCCCUGGUCCCUUCCUGGAGGGGGUGGGGGCGAGGCUGGGACUCAGGGAGGCUGAGUACAGCCAGGAUCUGCUGGACAUCUCCGCUAGGCAGGCCGCCCGGUGUCCAGGGGUGUCAGAAGCGGAGGGCCUUUCAGAUUGUGGUGUGGGUGGUGAGAUCAAGGCCUGGAGAGUGAGGGACUUGCCCAGGGUCCGCCGUGGCCGUGGUAACGAGAGGUUAGUGGGCACAGGCUUGCUGCCCGGCUCCCGCAGCAUCUCACGGAAUCCUCGCAGUCGCCCUCUGCGGGACGGGCUAUGCUCGCCUGCCCCCAUUUUGCAGGUGAGCAGCUUAAGCAGCUCAGGGCUGCAGGAGCCGGCCACUGUGCUUUGCCCGUAGUGAGUCCUCACUCCCUGGCCUGUGGGUGCUGUUUCUUCUCCUCUCCCCGUCUCUCCCUCCCCCAGUUGGAGACCUCAGCUUGGUUUUGCACAGGCUCAGCCUCAUCACCCAGCCCAGGGGCCUUGCUGGCUGAGGGAGGAGGGAGCUUCACCAGACACUGAGAGGGCAGGAGCAACGCCAGUGUCAGAUUGCAUCAUUUUCCCAGCCCGCUUGCCCUGGUAAUCUCGGUGCACACACAGGCCCAAACACACCCACACAUGUGCGUGCAUGCAGGCACACACGUGCAGGCGUGCACACACGUUCACUCUCUCAGGUACGCACUCCCAGGUGCAUGCAUUCUUUCACACCGCUCAGACCCGGAGGCUGAGGUCCUCCGUGGGCGCACGUGCACACAGCCUGCCAGGCAGGAGGGGCUCGCUAGUGUCUGGAUGAGAGCAUGCGUGGAAUUCCAGACCUGCAGGGGAUUUUAAUCCUCUCUUUUUAUAGGUGAGGAACUGACUUCUAGACAAUAGAAUCAGCAGCAUUGUUCUGAGCGCCUGCCACAUGCCAGGCAACGCGAGAUGGUCCUUGUCCCCACAGAGCUCACAGUCGGGGGUGCACACUUAGAGCACAGCAUGACGUGUGCUAUGAUGGGCCACGUACGAGGCACAGGGGAUCACUGAGGCAGAGCAGGGCAGGUGCAGGUGGUCUGCUCUGCCCCCACUCCGGUGCCCACCCUCUUGGCUCCAGGUCCCUUUGGGAGGUGGCAGAGCAGGAGUGACUCUAAGAGCUGGGUGACUCUUGGGGCCACAUCAUCUGUCCCUUCUCGAGCCCACCCCAGGGUGUCUGAGCCACCUGCGGCUUCCCGGACCACACCUUGCCCCAGCACUUCCCUUCCCUGCAGCUUGUACCCACAAGCAGUGGCUUACGGAGCCCAGCUGAUCUGGGCUGGAAUCCUGGCUCUGCCACUUACCAGCCAAGCAAGGCCUUGAGCAAGUUGUUUAACGCGAGCCUCAGUUUCUCUGUCUCUAAAAUGGGAACAACACAAAUGGGAGGGCUCAGCACAUGAUGGAUGUGCUCAUUAUGGUGGUGGUGGGGCUGGUUCACAGGUGUAGACACCUGCCGGGACUCACCGAACUGGGUGCUCUAAAUAUAGGCAGUUUAUUAUAUGUCACUUAGAACUCAAUAGAGCUGUUUAAAAAAUAUGCAACAGGUUACUCGCCCCACGCCAGCACACCGCCAGCACCAUUGUGUGAGCACUUAUGCACACACACGCGCGCGUGCGCACGCACACAUACACACACAGGGCUGGGAACACACACUCCGAGUGCUUCCUGGGCCAGGAGGCUGGCUCUGGGGCUCCUGGGCCUCCCCGAAUCUCCUGCUCAGCGAGGUUUCUCAAAGAGGAUUCUGGCGGCUGGAAAGGCCAGGCUCGAUGCCACUGCUAUCACCCGGGCUGCCGUGCCUGGAGCUGAGCAGAUUCUGCUUUCGCAGAGUGGUUCGCCAAGCCCUGAAGACAGAUUCUGGAAGCCGGGAACCCGCACCUGCAAUCCUAGACGAGAUGUCCGGCAAAGGCUCCGUGGUUCUGGCCUACAGUGGCGGCCUGGACACCUCCUGCAUUCUCGUGUGGCUGAAGGAACAAGGCUAUGACGUCAUUGCCUACCUGGUGAGGAGGCGCCCGGCCAACAUCGGCCAGAAGGAAGACUUCGAGGAAGCCAGGAGGAAGGCGCUGAAGCUCGGGGCCAAAAAGGUGUUCAUCGAGGACGUGAGCAGGGAGUUUGUGGAGGAGUUCAUCUGGCCCGCCAUCCAGUCCAGCGCCCUGUAUGAGGACCGCUACCUCCUGGGCACCGCUCUCGCCAGACCCUGCAUCGCCCGCAAACAGGUGGAGAUUGCCCAGCGGGAGGGCGCCCAGUACGUGUCCCACGGCGCCACAGGAAAGGGGAAUGACCAGAUCCGGUUUGAGCUCACCUGCUACUCACUGGCCCCCCAGAUUAAGGUCAUCGCUCCCUGGAGGAUGCCCGAGUUCUACACCCGGUUCCAGGGCCGCAGCGAUCUGAUGGAGUACGCGAAGCAACACGGAAUCCCCAUCCCCGUCACCCCCAAGAGCCCGUGGAGCAUGGACGAGAACCUCAUGCACAUCAGCUACGAGGCUGGGAUCCUGGAGAACCCCAAGAACCAAGCACCUCCAAACCUCUACACGAAGACCCAGGACCCGGCCAAAGCUCCCAACAGCCCUGACAUCCUUGAGAUCGAGUUCAAGCAAGGGGUCCCCAUGAAGGUGACCAAUGUCAAGGACGGCACCACCCACCACACGGCCUUGGAGCUCUUCCUGUACCUGAACGAAGUCGCGGGCAAGCACGGCGUGGGCCGCAUCGACAUCGUGGAGAACCGCUUCAUCGGGAUGAAGUCCCGAGGUAUCUACGAGACCCCAGCGGGGACGAUCCUUUACCACGCUCAUUUAGACAUCGAGGCCUUCACCAUGGAUCGGGAAGUGCGCAAAAUCAAACAAGGCCUGGGCCUGAAAUUCGCGGAGCUGGUGUACACGGGUUUCUGGCACAGCCCCGAGUGUGAAUUUGUCCGCCACUGCAUCGCCAAGUCCCAGGAGCGCGUGGAAGGGACAGUGCAGGUGUCUGUCUUCAAGGGCCAGGUGUACAUCCUCGGCCGGGAGUCUCCACUGUCCCUCUACAAUGAGGAGCUGGUGAGCAUGAAUGUCCAGGGCGAUUAUGAGCCACUCGAUGCCACUGGCUUCAUCAACAUCAACUCCCUCAGGCUGAAGGAAUAUCAUCGCCUCCAGAGCAAGGUCACCACCAAAUAGACCAGUGGACAAUGAGGAGCUGGGCCUCCUCACUUUGCCCAUCUCCCGAGCACGGGCGCUAAUUGUUGUGAUAAUUUGUAAUUGUGACUUCUCCCAGGCUGGCAGCAUCGCGGGGGUGCCAGGCCCCAGCUUUGUUCCCUGGUCUCCUGUAGCCUGCAAAAGUGGUCAGCGAGGGGACGGG